AUGUACAUUCAAGUGCAGCCAAAAUAUCAAAACCCGCAACCGAAAACAAAAUGGCAAAAUUUUUGUGGCAAUUUCCGUUGGCUGAAAGGCAUUGGAUUAUAUGUAAAAAAUUAUUUCACCGAAAGUUGUAUUCAUGGAUUCGUGUAUUUGGUCAAAGAGCAACUCACUUUACUUGAGCACCUGUUUUGGCUACUACUGCUAAUCGUGUCUGUGGGCAUGUGCAUCUUCACGGGUCUCCAAGCGAUCGAUAAGUGGAAAACCAAGAGCACUGUGAUGGGUAUUCAGCGCGAUUUUUACUUUUGGCGCUUACCGGUGCCCAGUUUCACAGUAUGCCCCAUGCGCCGACUAAGUCAGGAGCUCUUCGAUAAAUAUUGCCACAAAAAGAAAAUCACUGGUCAAGCAAAAGAGGACCUGCAAAUCUUCCUUGAGACCUUGGCCAAUUCGACUUAUUUCAAUUUCGACAAUAUCACUGCGCGUCCGAGCAUCGACGGCACCUUGGAUCGUCUGCGUGUUAAACCCGCCAAUUAUAUGUCUUUGAUAUAUAAUUUGACCACCGAUUUUACGCAAAUGGUCGACGAAAAUGAGGUCAUCGUACUAAACGAUGGCUUCAGGAACUUUGUGGUGCGUCAGGUGCUUACUGAGUUUGGCAUAUGCUACUUGUGCAACAGCUACUUGCAGGAUGAGUAUACGGCGCGCUACACGAUAUUUGGAAAAUAUCCGAAAAUCAAUAAGGACCACUUUAAAAUGCUGUUGGGUAGUUACUUCGAUAGCGUUCUGUUGAUUUUGUCGGUGCCGAAAGCAUUUGAAAGCAUUGGGGUUUUCAUACAUUCUCCCCACGAUGCUUUGAAAAUUGAGCAAAAAUUUUUCUAUACAAAUGAGGCGGUUUACUAUAAGGCUGAGACAUUUGAAAUUAUUGCCGAGGAGGGAUACGAGAAAGCGACUACAGUGGCUCAACGUAAUUGUCGGUAUCAUCAUGAAUCGAAUUUGGAACACUUUGAAAUCUAUACGAAGAGCUUUUGUAUGCAAGAAUGUCGACUUAAUUUAGUUUAUAAAAAAUGUAAAUGCAUACCGCACUUCUAUCCCAACAGAGUGCGUAAACCCAAGCCCGUAUGCUAUUACUCCACGCUGAAGUCCUGUGUAGCUAAAAAUGCGGAGUCCUUUCGUCGCCUGCAAAGUUUAAAAAGCCGUAAAACUGUACAUUGCCAUUGCAUGGAUUCUUGUUAUAACGGGAUUGUUGUGAUAAAAAAUGUGGAGGUCUUGGCAAACCUCAACGUUUUUCAAACCGGUUUUACAGUUGGUCUUGAAGUAACUACCUGGCCGCAGGUGUUGUAUAAGCGUCAAGUCAUUUUUACAAUGACCGAUUUGUUGGUUGCUGUUGGUGGCGCAGCAGGGCUUUUCCUCGGCUUUAGCGUCUUGGGUGCCAUUGAGUUCUUUUACUAUUUCACACUGCGUUUGAUUUGCUAUCUAAGAGGAUAUCGAACUUAGUAGAGCUGGGGAUGAAG